UUGUAAGAGCAGGUUGGACAAACACCUGUCAGGGAUAGAACAGGGACUAGUACCCCUGUCAUAGACUGGUGCUCUAACCACUGGGAAGCCCAGCCUCUCCCCUCCCCCUGCUUCCCUGCCCUGCCCUCCAGUUCUUCCUCGCCCUUUCCCUGGGCUCCAGGGGGAGCAUCCGGGAGAGGCUUGGUGCAGACCAAGGCGGGCUCCUGGCUCCACGCCCUCCCCUGGCGGGGGAAGCGAUUGGCGAAGGCAAUGGGCGAUGCAGGGCCCGCCCCCACCCUGCUCCAGCAGCAGCCGAAGUGAGGGGGGAGGCCGGGAGCCCAGGAGGGAGGGGAGGGAACUCGCCCGGCCCACCUUAAGCCCGCAGCGCGGGGCCGAUUCAGGCAGGCAGGGGUGACCUUAGCCAAACCAGUGUGUGCGGAGCCCGGCAGGGCCCCGGCGCACCAGCCCGGCCAGCCGCCUUACCCCGGGGGCGGGGGUGUUGGGCGCUGUGGCAGCAGCGUCUCGCCCAGUCCUGCCUGCCAGGCAGCGGGGGAGGCGGGUGUCUGCCCAGCGCCAGCCGCCGCAGCGGGGACUGGGGGGACGGAGCGGCCGCAGGAGCCGGGCUGCAGGGUCCGCGCUGCCGCUCCCGGGGACGCACAGGGCGCGCGGCUCUCGGCUGCAGCGCCCCGGGGCUGAGCGCUCCCCGCGCGGCUCGCAGCCCAGGUGCGCCGGGCUCCCGCCCGCUCCCCGCGCCGAGGGGCGUUGCAGACGCUGGCAUGUGACUGAAGGAGGCGGGUGGUUCGCCGGGGUCACCGCGCCGGGGAUUUGGAUCCCGCCUGGGCACAACCCGCCGGCUGCCGCAGGUGGGUGGCGGCUCCGCGGGCAGGAUCGGCCGAUUCCUCCUCCUCCUUUCGGGCUGCGGCGCCAGCGCAAUUUCCUCCUGCCGCUGCCCGGCCCCGGACCCUGCUCUUCGCGCGACUCUUCUCCCGUCUGCCCCUGCCAGGGGCCAGCGAUGGAGCCUGUCGCCAGCCGUCCCGGCUGCCCUGCCUGCUGGCUGCCCUGCCUGCUGCUCCUCGCCCUGCACGGCCGGGCCGGGGCCGGGGCCCAGGAGUUCCAGCUGCUGCAGCCCCAGGGCAACGUGUCGGUGUCAGCGGGAGAGACUCUCACUCUGAGCUGCUCUGUGACUGGGAAUGCUACAGCAGGACCCACAAAGUGGUUCAAGGGCUCGGGCAGUGGCCGCCAGCUCGUUUAUGACCAGACGGGAUCAUUCCCCCGGGUGACGCGGGCUGUGAGUGGCUCUGACACAGACUUCACCAUCCGCAUCAGUGACACCCGCCCCGAGGACGCCGGGAUCUAUCACUGUGUGAAGUUUAAGAAGGGGUCGGGACCCGAUGUGGAGAUCAGCUCCGGCGCUGGCACGGCCGUGUCUGUGCGCGCCAGACCGUCGGCCCCGUCCGUGUCCGGCCCCCCCAGCAGGGCAGAGCCGGGUUCCCCAGUGAAUUUCACCUGCACGUCAGGAGGAUUCUCCCCCAGAGACAUCGCUGUGACCUGGCUCAAAAAUGGGGCCAAACUCCCAGCCCCCCAGACCCAGGUUCUCCCUGCACACGAGAGCGUCUCCUACAGCGUGUCCAGCACCGUGGGGCUGAGCCUGACCCCAGGAGACGCCCGCUCCCAGCUCACCUGUCAGAUAGAGCACAGCACCUUACCGGCUCCCCUGCGUGCGACUUACAACCUCAGCGAUGCCCUGCGAGUUCCACCCAGGCUGCGAGUGGGCACUGCCCCAGCGGUGCCCGUCGCACUGAACGAGUCUGUGACGUUCACCUGCCGCGCGGAGGGGUUUUACCCGAAGGACUCGAGUCUCACCUGGCUGGAGAACGGAAAUGAGACGGAUCUGGGAAAAUCCUCCCCCCUGGCUGAGAAUCCAGACGGGACGUACACGCUCCAGAGCUCCCUGGAGGUCAAAGCUACUGAGCAGAGGAAUCAGUCUGUGUUCACCUGUCGGGUUGUGCACGAUUCCCAGCCCCCCGUCAAUGCCAGCGAGACGCUGAGAUUCUCCCAGCCGACUCCAGAGCCAGGCAAAGAUCCCACUUCAUCUGGUACAGGUAGUUCCUUAUCUGAAGAAAAAAAGAUCUACAUAGCAGUAGCAGUGGUUUGUGCAGUGCUGGUUGUAUUGGUAAUCGCCGUCAUCUACCUCAUCAGAGCACGACAGCACAAAGGAAAAAGCUCCCCUUCUGUAAGGCUACAUGAGCCCGAGAAGAGCCCCAGCACAGCUCCCCAGGAUUCUGAUCCCAACAACCUGACCUACGCAGACCUGAACUUUGACAAGCGGAAGAAGAAGAGGAGCACGCCCCGGUUGGUGGAGAUGAGCCCGCAGUCGGAAUACGCCUGCAUCCAGACGGCAGCCACUGAAAACAAUCUCACCUACGCUGACCUGGACAUGGUCCACCUCAGCAAGUCACCCAAGAGACCUGCCCCCCGGCCCGAGGAAGCCUUCUCGGAGUACGCCAGCGUCCAGAUCCAAAGGAAAUGAUCAGGGCUGAAAGCAGUCCGGGGCUCACUGGGUUUUCGGUGAAGUCUGGACAUGGAGCCCUGGUCCUCCGACACUGGCUCUCAAUGGAGGCACCAGGAGCACAGUGGAAGUGUGCGCCAAGCCAUGGGCGCUGCAUUCCUGGGUCUGGAAUGCUUCACACAGCGGGCAGAAGCCUCCCCUUGCCACCAUGUCCUCACUUGAGUUAAUACCAACUUCCACACCCGGCCCAGACUGAGCUCAGACCCUCACACAGUGCAGCUUUUAUGUCUGGACCAGUAUCUCUGCUAUUCCCCCUCUGCUCUCCCGGUGAUUUGUCACAAGACUGGAGAGGUCCUUCGCUCGGUGCACCGAGUUUGCUUUCACACGUGUUAAGCAGACAGACUGUUUUCAGUGCUUCGCUGGUGCAGUGGCCUGCUCCACCUCGUAACCUCUCCAGACAAGGACCGUGUCAGUCUAGUGAACACCUGAGUUUCUCUGCAGCCAAUUUAGCACGUCGUGUGCGUGGAAGAACCAGCCAGGCUGCCUCAGAUCAGCCACCUGAAGGAGAGGAGGCCGUUUUGGGAGAUAACUUAGUGGCAGAGAGCUGUCUGGCAGCAGGCUCUGGACUGCUGUUCUCAAGGCAACAUAAGCCAGCUAGCUUGCCUCUGUGAAGAGCUGACACUGAUCUGGAGUGACUACUCCCUCCCCCUGCUCCAGAACCCGCGUCUGAACGAGACUGCUCAUUUUAGGCCCAGAUUCCCUUCCAAACUAAGUGUGUCGUAAGUAAAUCCUUAAGUUUCCACUUGAGGUUCCCCCUCCCCAAUCAUCCCAUCCUUGGGGCAGUAUGUUAAGACCAGUGACCCCCUCGUGCCCUUGAGGGUUGAGCACCAGGCUGUGUGUCUCAUGCUCUGCAAUCAGAUCAAAGUGAGGAUGUUUCUCAGCACCAGAGCACCUUGGGCUGGGGAACGCAGCCUGCGGAGCUCCCUGGGCAGAGCGGGAGCCAACCCAGGAGCCAAGCACAAGCUACACUAGUUGAGCUACUAGGCACCACAGCUCCCAGGCCUGUGUUCCCCUGGUACAGAGCAUCCUCAUGAGACUGGGACCAACGGGCUUCCUAAGGAAGCUUGUGCUAGCCGGGGUGGGGGAAGAGGCUAGCCAAUCUCUACUGCCAGAGCACAGGCUAAUCCCAGGGCUAUGCUGCCUUUCAGCACUUCCUGCUGGCCAGUUCAUCCAGCACUCCCGGCCCCAAUGCCUGGAAGGAAGAAGAAAGCCUUGAUGCACGGGGGAGGGCAUCCCCCGGAGAACAACGUCACCAUGUUAUGACUGUUUGACAUGUAACUGUUAAUCUUUAGAGCUAAAAGCCAAUGCUUGUGUGUCGUCCAUGGGUGGAGUGCUGUGUGUUCAUCACUAGGGUGAGACGUGCAAAACUAAGUGUCAGAGUCAGCGUGCUAAUCCCCAGCCCUGUCAAGUGAAGUUCUGGUAAGCAAGUAACCUCCAUCAGCACUGCGGGGAGGGGAGGGAUUUCUGACUUCUCGGCCUUCCCCACUGCCGGGCAGACUUGCCGGCCUAGCAAAGAAAAGUGACAAAUGAAGCUGAAAUGCAGCCACGAGUGGCAUUUCAGAAGCAGCCGUCUUCCCGAGUUUCUCCAUGGGAGGUUGCAGAUAAUGCACAGGUUCCAUUUUCACCGUAUCCCUAGGAUUCAGGUUUCAGGAGUCCCAGGGCCAGGAAGAGCUGGGCCAGGCAGCUGGCACUCCAGGCAGUGGAUUAUACUCGUUUAUGCCAGGCCUGAAUGUAGCCCCUUUGCCCAGUUAUUGUGAUGGCCAAAUGCCCUUUCACUGCCCUCCUUUCCUCAGCAGUAUUAACGGGAACACACAGGACCUGUGGUACCAUUCCUUGGAAGGAGGGCAGCCGAGGGAGAAAUAAUCUAGCACUAAGAUGUGUUGGAAACCAGUUGUAUUCUAGCUGCUUGAUCCUGCAGGGAGCAGGGGAGGAGGAAGGGGAAGCCAGGAGAUCUAGACAGGAUGUUUCAAAACCAACAAGGUGGCCACUUGUACAGAUUGCAACAUUAUAUUUUU